AUGUGGAUCCGUGUAUGGCAUUCCAAUAGGAACCCACAGCUCAUUCUCAGCUACUACUUGGAUACAAUCCAGAAGCUUGGUCAUAUGCCUAUGGUGACCCAAAGCGACCCUGGUACUGAGAACUACGGCAUUGCAAAUGCCCAUACAAUGCUACGGCAAUGGCAUGAUCCUGCGCUGCAAGGCACACUCCAGCAUCGUUGGAUGCGGUCGAAAAAGAACGUAAUGCCCGAGAUUACAUGGUCCCAGUUACGCCGCCGCUUCACUCCUGGCUUCGAAUCAAUACUGGACCGGGGAGUUGAUGAAGGUUGGUACGAUAGUAACAAUACUCUACAAGUAAUGGUAUUCCGUUGGGUUUUCAUUCCUUGGUUGCAACGUGAACUCGAUGCAUACCAGGAUCGCAUUAACAAUACAGCAAAGAGGCGUGAUCGCAAUAAGGUACUUCCACACGGUGUUCCCAGUCUCAUCUAUGAGUCGCCUGAAGAUUUUGGGGCUCUUGACUUCAAAAUCGCUGUAGAACAAAACGCUAUCGAUCAUGUUCGGGCACUCUACAUCAAACCUGACCACCCCGUAUUCGACCUUGUGCCUCCCAAUCUGGGUGAUCACAUUCAGCUUUGCUAUGAGCAGAUGGGCCAUCCUAUCGUCGACCGUGACUCAGUGUGGCGUGUAUAUUGUGAUUUGCUCCAUAUGCUUCAGCAUGGCGCUGAUGAUCCCACUCUCCUUGUCGUCUCUGGUGACGACGAUGAGGAAUUAGAAGAACUUUCCCUCCUCAAUAACUACCAAGACCUGCCAUUUAACGAGGACGGUUACUACAUGGGGGGCGUUGGUGGUGGUAGUGAUGGACAGGUCCGGUUCGGUCCGGUUCUCUAG